GGUCUAACAGCGAGCACGCCUCCUGUCCUGGCAAAUAUAAGAAGCUGCUCCGCUCCGACUUACGGAGACUGAACCCAUUUCUCCUCAGCUUUUGGAAGAAGUGAAUAUGACCACUCAGUGCAGCCAACCGUACUUUCUGUGUAGGCCUACACGUUUCCACAUAUAGAAGCAUCAUGGAUUUAAACUUCACGCUCUCAGGGCGCGACUUGGCCGGCUUGGGUGCGAGACUUUUGGGGAAUAACUCACUGGUUCCGUUUGAAAACAACACCACCGAUUCCAAAACGGAGGAGGAAGACUUGGAAGUCAACACGGACGUUUACUCUAGGGUGAUAGUCACUGUCAUCUACGCUGCGCUGUUCGCCGUGGGCACUCUGGGGAACUCCAUCACCCUGUACACCCUGCUGACCAAGAAGACCCUGCAGAACCUCCAGAGCACGGUGCAUUACCACCUGGCCAGCCUCGCCGUCUCCGACCUGCUCAUCCUCGUCCUCUCCAUGCCCAUCGAGCUCUACAACUUCAUCUGGUUCCACCACCCGUGGGUGUUCGGGGACGCCGUGUGCAGGGGUUACUACUUCCUCCGGGAUAGCUGCUCGUACGCCACGGCGCUCAACAUCGCCAGCCUGAGCGUGGAGCGCUACAUGGCCAUCUGCCACCCGUUCAAAGCCAAGAGCAUCAUGUCCCGCAGCCGCACCAAGAAGCUCAUCAGCGCCAUGUGGCUCGCGUCCUUUGCGCUCGCCACGCCGAUGAUCUUCAUCAUGGGCCAGGUGAUGCGUCAAGGCGAGAAGAUAUGCACCGCGAUCGUCUCACCUGUCACCAUCAAGACCGUGCUGCAGGUAAACGCCUUUCUGUCCUUCGUGAUACCCAUGGUGGCCAUAUCGGCACUCAACGGGGUAAUAGCCAAUCAGCUGCUGCGAAUGUUCCGCGAGGCAGAGCAAGAAAACCGUGUCUGCAUCAUUGGGGGAAAUCCCACCAUGCUGAACGCCACCACGGAGCCCAACCGCGCUCGCUCGCUCCGCCACGGAGUUCUUGUUCUCCGAGCGGUGGUCAUAGCCUUCGUGGUCUGCUGGCUGCCCUAUCACGCUCGCCGCCUCAUGUUUUGCUACGUCUCUGACUGGUCCGAUGACUUGUAUGACUUCUACCACUAUUUCUACAUGCUGACCAACGUCCUGUUUUACGUCAGUUCGGCCAUCAAUCCAAUCCUGUACAACCUGGUGUCAGCCACCUACCGCCAGAUCUUCUUCUCCACGCUGCGCUACUUCUACAUGCCCUGCCGUCACACACCCAGGAGGCGCCCCCACCCUCUAACCCGCCGCUCCAUCAGCGUCUCCAGCAACCACACCCUCUCCACAAACAUCAUCAAAGAGACAGCGUACUGAUUGGGGCUGCAAAGGAAUACACUUUCUCAAACCCACCUCCUGCCACAGUGUGAUUACUGGUCCAACUUACUUUAUCAAUGACAUUCUGGAACUGGUUUAGAGAGAUAACUGGGGUUGUUAUCGUGUGGGGACAGAUGCACAUUGUAUUAUGCGUUAUUGUGUGUUGUGUCAUUAUUUAUUGGCACAGGCUGAUCCACAACUGGGAUCACCAUCAUUGUCGUGUUUGUCUUUGAGAUCACUGUGAUUUCAUUUCAGAUGCACAUAUUUUUUAUUAUGUAUUAUCAUUAAUUGAAGUUUGUUAUAACAAAAAAAACAGAGUGAAAGAGCAACUUUUAGAAUGGAAAUGUGAUAUGUAAAUAUUUUAUACUGUGUAUUUCUAUGCAUGCUUUUAUUGGACCAAUCAUUCACCAUUGGUGCUGUACAGUGUACAGUGUACUCUGCUGUUUCAGUGUUUUUAAGAUUCAACUUAUAAACCUCUUGAAAGUACUUUCUCUAUGACCAUGGCCUUUGGCAAUACAUUUCCCACUUGCAAAGGUUCUGAUGUAACCCUCACAUAUGGGGCAAAGAGUUCUUAUUUCUCUUUCUUGAAUCCAAGUUGCAUUGACAGCUGUAUGGGAAGAAUCUCUUGCAUCAUUACCACGCUUACUUCUCUUGCCUCAUUGGCUUUAUCCCAAACAGCUUUGAAACAAACAUUUAGUUGAGGUUGGUGGUCCUAAGACUCUGGUCCAUGGAAUUUGUAAAUAGUGCAGACAAAGAUUUAAUUAGAUGAUUAGUUCUGGUAAUAGCUUACUGCAUUUAUUUAAAAAUGUGAAGUAAGUGUAUUGACAAAGAAAUGUCUGUGAUUGAUUUUUUUGAAGUAUUAGUAACCAUGUGGAGCAAAUAACACAUGUUGGAAAGUAAUUAAUGAAUAGAAAACAGCAUGCAUUCCUGAAAAAAGGAGCCCUUCAACAGACAGAGAGCACCCACUCCAACACGAGCUGCUGGCAGGGAGAGAUUUCCAACAUUUCCUUUAGGAGCAACAAUAAGCUGUUAAACAAUCUGGACUCUCCUAUUGGUUAUUAGAUGAUUUGAUUGCAUCUACUGUGCACAGUCUCCUUCCAGAACAAGAUUUUAACUGUAGGGAGUUAUUAUCCCAUAUACAUCAAUAUUGGGCAAUUCCACGCCUCAUAGUGUAUAUCCAUCGGCGUCAAGGUUCGGUGUCUAGUAUUGUGCGCUUUAGCAUGGCGGAAUUGAGGGUGUGGAGGUCUAGGUGCUAAGAGACCUGCAGCUAUCAAUUGUGUGUAAUUUUUAACAGUUACCACCAUCCUGCCCUAACCUACCUUAACCAGGUGAUGGUCAGGUUGCCUAGCCCUUAAACAUAGUUGAUUUACCGUAACCAUGAUCUUUUCCCAACAACACACUAACCUUAACCGAAGGCUAAACAGCAGGAGUAUGCUGGAAACAAAAAGUGGUUAUCUGUGUUUUCAGCAGUGUCACUGAAAAGGUGAAAAGCUAGCUGUCUCAGAGAGGGGAAAGGCCUUGGAAUCAUUUAAAUCGGAAAAACGUACUGUACCUCUGGACGAUUUUUCCAAGUGACAAGCAAAUGUUUAAAGAAAGAUAAGGAGAGCUUGAGAGAGAAGUUAAAUCCUACAUUCUAACCUCUGCACGCCUGGCCUAGAAAGGUCUAAUGUUGACAUUCUUGUCAGGUUUACGUAUACUUACAGAAAAAGCCACGGAGAACAGGUAACAAUUCUUAUCAAACAAUUUCCAAUCAAGGGAAAUUAAAAAUUAAUUCAGGACCAUAAGUGAGAAGCUGUUUUUGUUGGGUCAUCAUAAUCAUAUUAGUUGAAAUCGGCCAUGUUUUCCUCUGUAGAAAAUGAAUAGACUACUAGUGAUUGAUGCUUGUGUUGUGGGUAUUCUGAGGCAUAGGUGUGUACAGUAUUCAGUAGUGUUAGGGUAAUCCUUUCCCCAUGUGUUUUUGUACCCCAUAGUGUACAUGUAAGUUGGAAUUUAUGAGAGCUUUAAAUGUGCUAGCUAGAUAGAUAGAUAGAUAGAUAGAUAGAUAGAUAGAUAGA